CCUUUUCCAAGCGAACAGACUUUACGGGAGGGACGGCUGGUUCUGAUUGACUUCGGGGCUGCGAAAAUAGGAGCGUAACUUUUGUAGACUCUUAGCUAAGCUUUAAUGUCGGGAAAUCGUCUCUCAGUUUUCUUUUUACGACUUUUAAAAACGUAAUAUGUAGGCUAUUACCUGAUGAACAUGUACUCUGUUAAAACACUGCAUUGUGUUCUAAUCAGAUUGGCUGCACUUGACUAGUCCCAACGUUGGAAAAGGUGAAGAUACCGGUGGUUCGUGAAAAAUGCAACAGAGAUGUAAAAUUGUUCAAGAAGUUGAAAUGCAUCAUUUUGAUGGAAAACACUGUGGUUUAUCGGAUACUGAAGAUGUACUUCCACCAGGGGAAAUGAGUGGCACGCGAGCUGCCUGAGAAACUGAAUGUGAAUGAUGAUGCGUAACUUAAUAGAGACGACCUCAGUCCGAAAGACCUGUGCGCGCAAAUAGGCCAUAGAGGUUAGCCUAUUCCUGCAGCCUGAAGAUAAAUAUAAUGGCCCUCAGACAUUGGUCGAGGAUGUGCUGCAGGCGGAGGUCAGUUGUGGCCUUUGCCUUCUUCUUCAUCUUGUCCGUUGUGAUGAUCAGUGACCUCCCACCUCUCCCAGAGGAGAACCACAACCUUUCCCAGCGAAGUCUGCGUUCGACUAGGCGGGGCCACCAUUGGGCCCCCUCUGAACCUCUUCAUCCACUGCCUCUGGAUCUACACCAGGGCACCAGGAAAAAACGGCAUGCCAAGGAACCAGCAGAGAGGCAGAAACACCAGCGAGCCAGCAGCGUCCAGCACAGAGGGAGUGGGGUACAUCUUGGGGCAGGGAUGGUUGAGAGCAGAUGGAGUGGGGGCAGUUUCCAGCAAAAGGAGGGUGAAGGUGAGGGAGGUGAUACAGGUAGGGUGCAGAACAGAAGAGGUGCAAUACAGCAUAGAGAAGUGGGUAUUGGAAGCCAGCACAAAGAGGGUAAACAUGGAAGUGGGGUUCAACACCAAGCAGAGGGCGCUCGGAUUAGAGGAAAGCAUAGAGAGGAUGAGGACUUGCACAGAGUCCAGCAAAUUAAUGCCGGGGUUCAGCACAACCAUAAGAGACGGGACACUCAUAAAGCUAGCAUGAAGAGUCCAAAGGGCAAUAAUACCACUGGUGUGAGUCAGAGGACCUCUGAGUCCACAUUCCACAGAGAGAAAUGGCCCCACCCGCAGAGAACUGACACAAGAAGCGGUAGAGACACCAUCAUCCCUAUCCAGCUACCUCCACCCAGACAGCGCUCACAAGGAGCAAACAAAGCAGAGGUGAGGGUCUCCACACAGAACCAUCCUAAAGACCUUGAGUCAUCCAAGCAUGCCAGCUCUGCAGACAAGCGCAGUGGUGAAGGCCAUGCUGCAAAGGCUGUGAGCCCUCAUCAGGCUGGGAAAGGCAUGACCCGCAGAGACCCUCGAACACAGGAGAAUCAGGAGGAGAACAGGAAGAGGCAGAGCCCCAGCUUGGUCCGUAUGGAGGGGAACAGGUCCAGCGUGGGGGCUGAGGUGGAGAAGUUCAGCUGGUGUGAGAAGCUGAGUGAGGAGACAUUUAUAGACAGGGGGAACAGAAGCAUACGUACCACAGCGCAGCCCCUGCCUUGGCUCUCUGAGGAUGACAUCAGGAAAAUGGAGCUACUGUCCAGCGGCACGGUGGUCAGUAAAGCCAGAGUGCCUUCCCAUGGGCAGGUCCUACAGGUGGGGCUCAGGAACAGGGGUGCCAGCCUGAGCGGUUCAGCUAGCCAACAUGAGAGCCACUGCCAGCAGGGACUCUGUGCCCUGAUCAAGCGUCCGGAUGACUGGUAUGAAGUCUUUGCUUUCCAUCUGGAUCGGGUGCUGGGCCUGAACAGGAGUCUACCUGCAGUGUCGCGCAGUUUCCACAGUGACCUCCUGCCAUACAGGUAUACCAGUGGCUCAGUUCGGCCCGUUGUGUGGUGGGACCCGGACAUCCAGCACCUGGCAGAUGAUGACAAUGAUCAGAACAGCUUCUCUCUCACCUGGCCACAGUACCAGGCCCUGCUGAAGGCCCACUGUGGCAGUAAGGGAGCACCCUCAAAUUCCUCAACCUGCAUAGGUGUUCACCACUCAGAAUGGGGAAGACUGGCAUUGUUUGACUUUCUUCUGCAAGUUAGUGAUCGGCUGGACCGAUAUUGCUGUGGGUUUGAGCCAGACCCCUCUGAGUCCUGUGUGGAGAACCUCCUACAUGUGAAGUGCAGAAGCCCGAAGGACCUGGUGCUUGUGCACAUUCUGGUGAGGAAGGCUGACCCAUCCAGGCUGGUGUUCAUCGACAACGCCGGCAGGCCCCAGCACCCACAUGACAACCUCAACUUGCGUCUGGUCGAGGGCAUCAAGGAGUUUCCAGAGAAGGCAGUGGCCGUGUUGCAGUCGGGCUGUCUGGAGAGCAUGCUCCUGCGCUCUCUCUACACUGACAGGGAAUUCUGGGAAAGUCGGGGGGGCGUCCUGGGACUUCGACCCCUCAUUCAUGUGCUACAAAAGAGAGGAGAAGUGCUGCUCCGCCACAUUCAAGACAAGAAACUGCGAGUCAGCAGGGACGCCUGACCCUCGAGCCGUAGCACUGGGACCUCCCACUCACAGGGGCAUACACCUCUUCUGUUGGGAGCCUCUCAUCUUUACAAAACCGAGGGACUGCUCAAUAGAAAAAACAGCAGUUUGCUGAUGUGGGUAAAAUGUGAGGUGCAAAUUUUUCAAUUUAAAUUGAUCAGUCUCCCCUUUCAUCCCCAGCUCUUCAUCUAGGAACUUGGUUUCAUGACUUGGGGAAGAUGCCUCAUUUCAACAGCACAGAGGCUUUGAAAGCCAUCCACUUAAUUAUGUGCUUAAUUGAAUUAGAUUAAACCUUGACCUUGUUAUUGAGACGAUGGAGAUGCGAAGACGUUUAUAAGCAUGCUGAUUUGCAGUCAUGUCCGCAUACCAGAUAGGGAUAAUUGUAUGACACAUGUUUAAGUCUUUUUGUACUUUCUGUAUAUACUGCAUUUUUAUGAUAUUUUUAUCAAGAUUUUUGAGUCUGCAUCACUGCAGUUUGCACAAUGAUUAGUCUGAACAUACAGUGCCCUGCAAAAGUAUGGGAACAGUAUAGUGAAAUUAGUUACUUUUGCUAUAUAUUUCAGGCGUUUGGAUUUGAGAUCAAAAGAUGAGUAUGAGCCAAAAGUACAGACAGUCAGCUUAUUUGCAUGCAUAAAUGUUUUACCAUUUAACGGAAACUUGUUUUUAACUGUUAUAUAAGUUAUAUAGUAUAUUGCAGAACUAACAAAUUUCUUUCUAGUGUUCACUUACAUUUGGAGGGCACUGUAGUUUAUGAACUUUUCGGCCAUUUGUCUUUCUUGGGUUUCAGAUUCCUUUGUGCAGUAUAUUUUCCUUGUACAUUUUUGAAAGACUCUGAAUCCCAAAAUAUCUGUUUGAGCACUUGUUGAGAAAUGUGGAUGAUUUUUUUUUUUAUAGGUUAAAUAUAAAAAUGACAACAAACAUGCAAAGCAAUUCGAAAAAAUUACUGGAAAUAUAAACAACGCCAUCAUGUCUAUACUUUUUGGAACCCUGUAAGACAGGAAAAAGUACAUGGUGAAGCAGUGUAUCCACCAUUUUAAAUCAGAUUGAAUGCCUUUGCAAAAAUGUAUUGUCUGGAGGGAAAUGAAAAUAAGAAAAUAGGAGUCAAUUAAAUGCACAUUUUAUAAUGUAGAACUAGAAUUUUCAUACAGCAGACCCAGAGCUAUGUUCAGUCACCCAAUAAAGCCCCACAAAAAGUGAUUGACCAACAAAGUCCAACAAAGAUAGCUCCACCUUAACAGAUUCCUCAUGCUGCCAAAUCACACAGCUAACAAUAAGCAAUUUACAUUGAUGUUCUGAAAAGUUUAAUAUUUAAAAAUGACUAUAAAAUAUACACUCACCGGCCACUUCAUUAGGUGACAGGAGUGGCACCCGGUGUGGUCUUCUGCUGCUGUAGCCCAUCUGCUUCAAGGUUU